AUGGAUACAAAAUCGAAAGAGCGCACGGCCAUGAGGCGACAAUUCACGCGCACGGCCAACAAUUUCGAAAGUCUCACAACAAACAAAAAUAUAAAUAAGAACGAUAUUAUAGCAUCUUUUAAGCUACUAAAGUCAUAUUAUGAAAUGUUAAAAGUACUUGACAAAGAGGUUAGAACAUUUUUAUUUCAAGAACCCGAAAGGGAAGAUAGCCAAAAUUUAAUUGACAGAGAGUAUGAGGAGGCCGGAAAAUAUGAGGCGAAGUGGGCCUUAUGCCAAACGAUUUUCGAAAACAUUAUAAAAAACCAUGGCAGUGAGGUAGUUGAAAAUAAGAAAAGCCACAAACUCCCAACGUUGGAGUUAACAAAAUUUGACGGCAAUAUAAAACAUUGGCUAGCUUUUUGGGGUUCAUUUAAGAAAAUACAUGAAAACGUAGAUAUCGAUAAUGUCGAUAAGUUACAAUAUUUAACUCAAGCAAUGCAAGCGGGAAGUGAUGUAAAAUCCUUUGUUAAUAGUUUCCCGUUGACUUCUUCAAGUUAUGAUUUAUGCAUUACAGACCUCAAAUCGAGGUAUGCUAAAGAGGAUUUACUUAUACAAGUAUAUGUAAGAGAGCUUUUGUCACUCAUUUUAAACAAAAAAGAAUUUAACCAAUUGUCGGAUUUAGUUGAUCAAUUGAAUGGUCAGUUGAGAGCACUUGAAGUCCUAGGAGUAACUAAAGAUAAAUAUGCAGCAUUUCUAUUACCAAUGGUGGAGUCGGCACUUCCAAGUGACACAUUAAUUAUAUGGGAAAGAACAAGAACUGAAAACGCUUCGGAAGAUCCGUUGAACUCAUUGCUACUCUUCUUAAAAAGAGAAAUUGAAAGUGAACAAAGAAUAUCAAUGGCUAAAAAGACAUUUAAUAAUCAACACGAAGCUAUUAAAACAGCUGGACCUACUGCAACCUGCCUUAUGAUUAAUGAAAAACAAAAACAAAAAGAAAAGAUACGUAGCUGCAUAUGGUGUGGAAAAAAUCAUACAAGCUUGGAGUGUUUCAAGUUGUCAAGUAUUACAAUUACAGAUAGAAGGGAAAUUUUAAAGAAGAAGAAAGCUUGUGUAUUAUGCUUAAAACCUGGCCAUCAUGCAAAAGUAUGCCGAUUUUAUAUUAAGUGUUAUGUAUGUGGACAAAAGCAUUCACCAGUAUUGUGCACAGCUGCAGCGGAACCUAAAUCUGUAAAAGAAACUACACUUCAGAACCUGUCACAAGAUAUGAAGACUGUUCAGCAGACCUUAUUACAAACUGUCGCAGUGAAGAUCUACAACGGGAACCGGAGCACCAUAGUGAGGGCCCUCUUUGACAGCGGAUCACAGCGGUCAUACAUCAAGAGUGAAGUCGCUGAACAAUUGGGAUUAACUGCGGUAAGAACUGCAGAAAUUAGCCACUCACUAUUUGGAGGUUUAUCCGUAUCUUUUAAAAAAUAUAAUGUUUAUGAUUUUAAAAUAGAGAGCUUAGACUCUGAGGUAAAAUUAAACAUGUCUGCAUUAGAGCAGUCUGUAAUUUGUAAAAAUGUACCUAAAGUCAAUGAGUCCCAUGACUUUGUUAAAAAAUUAUUAGAUAAACAUGGGAUACAUUUAACAGACAGAGAUUGUAUUAGCAAAGAUAUAGAGCUCUUAAUUGGAGCUGAUUUCUCGGGGCUGUUAAUAACUGAAUCAUUUGUUCAGCUCGAAAAUGGGCUAACAGCAAUAAAAACAAAAUUAGGCUGGACGUUACAAGGGAAAACAUGCUUAGUAGGUAGUAACAUUGUAAUGUCUCUAUUUUGUUUACAAAAUAUUAAAGAUUUUUGGGAUCUAGAGGUAUUAGGCAUUAAUGACCCUACACAGGUGCAGUCUAAACAGCAGAAAGAAGAGGAGGUGAUGACAAGUUUCGAAGAAAACAUACAAGUGAACACCGAAGGACGAUAUGAAGUCCAUCUGCCAUGGAAGACAGGCCAUGAGGAUAUCCAGAGCAACGAGCAACUCGCCAUUCGCCGCCUAGAAUCUAUCACAAAGAAACUAACAGCAUCUGGUAAGUUUGAUGAUUAUAAUAAUGUCUUAGGUGAAUGGGAGCGUUCGGGUAUCAUCGAGGAAGUACCUGUUGAAGAAAAGAAUAAAGAAGGGGUUCACUACCUACCUCAUAGAGCUGUGAUGAAGGAGUCGAGUCUCACCACGAAGCUGAGACCUGUAUAUGACGCAUCUGCAAAAGAUUCGAAUGGUAUGUCAUUGAAUUCAUGUCUAGAUAAAGGAGUAAAUUUCCUAGAUAAGAUUCCCAAUCUAUUAACUGGAUUUCGUAAGGGUUACAUUGGUAUCACUGCUGACAUUGCCAAGGCAUUUCUGCAGAUAUCAGUGACACCACAAGAUCGCGAUUACCUGAGGUUUGUUUGGUGGAAAGAUAAUACAUGUGAGGAGAUUAAGGUGUAUAGACACUGCAGAGUAGUUUUCGGGUUGACAGCUAGUCCAUUUUUACUGUCAGCAACCAUAUCACAUCACCUUAAUCAAGUCACAGAACAAAAAGACACCGCAGAUAUCUUAGCUAGAUCAUUUUAUGUAGACAAUUUAGUAACUAGCUUAGAUUCAAUUGAACAAACACAGAAAUUUAUUCAAGAUGCUAAGAGGGUCAUGAAUGAAGGUAAAUUCGAUCUAAGACAGUGGGUCACAUCACCUUUAGAAAUAAAUGAGACUCAAAACACAGUGAUCUCGAUAUUAGGUCUUCAAUGGGACACUGAUACAGAUGAGCUCUAUUGUAACAUAAGUAAUUUACCACCGUUUCUCGAUAUAAGCAAAGUAACAAAAAGAAACUUAUUAUCCUUAACACAGAAGAUAUUUGAUCCAAUCGGAUUCACAUGCCCAGUGACACUGGUUCCUAGACUAAUCCUUCAAAAGACCUGGAACAUGAAAAUGACCUGGGAUGAACAGCUACCUGAAGAUAUACUAUCACAAUUUAAAGACUGGUAUGAUAAUGUGACUUAUCUUAAUAAUUGCAGAUUACCUCGAAGACUGUCUAUUGAUUUGCUUCCUGAGUGCAGUGCGAGUCUACACAUGUUUUGCGAUGCGAGUAAGGAUGGCUAUGCAGCAUGCGUCUUCUUAAGAACUGAAAAAGAAGGUAAUGUGUCCGUUCGUUUAAUAUCUGCCAGAUCAAGGAUAUGCCCUCCAGAAAAGAUAACAAUUCCCCGACUGGAACUGCUAUCAGCCUUGAUUGGUUCAAGACUAUUGAAAGAGGCCAGAGAAAAUUUGAAUUUAAAUUGUGAUGAAUUCUGUUGGAGUGACUCAGGAGUAGCACUGUGUUGGAUCAAGAGAGAAUUACCAUGGAAUACUUUCGUAGGGAACCGUGUGAAAGAAAUAAGACAAAAUUCUAAUGCAAACAAUUGGCACCACAUUCCAGGAACUGAGAACUGGGCAGAUUUGGCGUCCAGAGGCUGUAACGCACGCCACCUGCUUGAAGUCCGUUGGUGGGAAGGUCCGAGCUGGCUGCUUCAGCAACCCGACAUGUGGCCACGAUCUGCACUGGUAGUUGAUGAAAAAACCGUCAACAAAGAGCUGAAAAAGUCUGUGUGCCAGAUUGAGAAACAAUCUGGAAAAUCAAGGCAGAUAUAUUCUGAUACAGAUAUGAUAAUGAGAGUUAAAACAAAGCUUUUACUCACCGAUUUCCCAGAAUGCACGAAGUCACCGAUGAUUGUUCCUGCAAAGAAUGUUAUUAUCCGCAGAAUGGUUGAACAGCGUCAUCUGCAACUAUUGCAUACUGGGGCCAACACGAUGAUAACUGAUCUACGGAAACGAUUCUGGAUUCUUGGUAUCAGAUUAUUAGUGAAAUCGGUAAUAGAUAAAUGUAUUGUGUGCAGAAGACACAGAUCACAGCCGACACCAGCACCAGCAGCUCCGCUACCACUCGAUCGAGUUCAACUUACUGCUCCUUUCCAGGUGACAGGUGUUGAUUUAGCGGGACCUCUCUACUUACAGGAUGGUGAGAAAUGCUGGAUCGUGCUGUAUACAUGCGCAGUAUAUCGCGCAGUUCACCUUGAACUAACAAAAUCUUUAUCCACAGAGGCCUUUCUACGGACGUUUCGCCGAUUUAUCGCACGCCGCGGACGUUCGAGCAUAAUGAUAUCAGAUAAUGGUACUAAUUUCACAGGCACUAGGAAUCUUUUACGUGACAUCGAUUGGGACGAGGUACAACGCCAAUCGACAAUUCAACGCAUCAAAUGGAAGUUAAACGUUCCCACAGCUGCAUGGUGGGGCGGUUUCUUCGAACGCCUAAUUAAGGUAAUGAAAGAUUUAUUACGAAGAGUGCUAGGCACGUCAUCAGUCUCAUAUGAUGAAAUGCAGACUCUGUUAUGUGACUGCGAAGCCGUCAUCAAUGACCGGCCGCUCACAUAUGUAGAAGACGACAAGGCAAAUGCUUUAGAGCCCCUGAGGCCCUCUUGUUUUCUACAAACACUACCUCAAACAGAUGUGACUGAUCUGGACCAGAUAGAUAGUAAGAAUCUUAACAAAAGAUUAAGAUAUUUGCAGAAGCUGAGAUCAGACUUUCGUCAACGAUUCAAGAAUGAGUAUUUAACAACACUGGUACAAAGAGGUAAAGAUAAAAAUAGUACUCUAAAGGUUGGUGAUAUAGUCCUAAUAGAGACAGAAGAUAAGAGAAUAAAAUGGCCAUUAGGACUUGUUGUAGAAAUUAUUACAGGUAACGAUGGUGUUAAUAGAACUGCCAAGGUAAGAACAUCAGCUGGUUUAAAAACCCGCCCAUUCCAACGUUUGUAUAGAUUGGAGAUUUCCUCUUCAGAGGUGGAGGGUGACGAAAACAACUAUGAGAACAAAAUCGGUAAGAGAUAUCGCAUAGUUAUUAAUCCUAGCAGUACAUCAAGUACUAUGUCCGGAGCAGAAGUUCAGCAACCUGCAUGUAAGAAAGAAACGACAGACAAGAUUUCACGUUCAGGUAGAAUUAUUAAAAUGCCAAGAAAGUGCCAGAGUCAAAAUGUCUUUACUCUAUGGACUAGACUUAAUAAAGUUAUCGAAGAAGCGUUCUCCAAUACAGAAAAAGAGUUGAUGCCCAAUCCCAAAUGUUGUUCCAUGGAAUGGGAACUUUACGUGACAACAAAGGCACUGUGUGAAGAUUUAAAAAAUUAG